AUGCAAAAUGACAAUGUUUCAACUGUCUACGCUGACCUCACGGCGAGACAAUCGAACGAUCACCUCGGCGACGGAGUUUACUCCUCCUCCGCAGCUACCGCCUCUCUUUUCGCUCUAUAUGAUCCCCAUAUCCUCACGCAACAGCAUCAAGAUAUGAUUAACCGCCACAGCCUUUGCCUCGCUCGCUUCCGCGAAGCUGCAAAAGAAGCCGAAUCACUCCGCCAAGAGAAUACUUCUCUGAGAUCAGUCAAUCGCGACCUCAACAAGCAACUCAGUGCAAUGAUCCAAGCCUCAGUCCAGAACCACUUUGCAUCCUCUGAUUACAACACCACGCCGUUUGAGUUGGUGAACGCUUUGGGAGGACUUUGUCUCGGUGGCGACGGUGUAGGAAAAGAAGUUUCUGAUGUGGAAGAUGAAGUGGAUUUUGAGAGGGUUAUGUUGCCUAAGAGCAUAUCCGUUAGGUCCAAUGGAUAUCUGAAGAUGAUGAGUGAAGUUGGAGCAGUGAGCCAUCGUGGUAAAACUCGGGGACUAACUCGGGCCGCUACUGCAAAUGCUUCUCAACAGAUCAGUGGAGCUGCGAAUAUGAAGCAGAAGGUUUGCGCGCAAGGAGGGAAGGAGGAAGAAAAGUCACUUGAACUGGAAGCAUACAACCAAGGCAUGUUAAAGACAGAGCUCUGCAACAAAUGGCAAGAGACUGGUGCCUGUCCAUAUGGUGACCACUGCCAGUUUGCUCAUAGUAUUGAAGAGCUCCGCCCUGUAAUACGCCACCCUCGAUACAAGACUGAGGUCUGCAGGAUGGUCCUUGCCGGUAAUGUCUGUCCUUACGGUCAUCGAUGCCAUUUUCGUCACGCACUUACUGAACAGGAGAAGUCCGUUGGCCACAUAAAGACCAGAAUCAGGUAA